AUGACCAAAGGAACUGUUGGCUUUAUUGGGCUUGGCCAUAUGGGCCUUCCUAUGGCCGCCAAUCUUCAAAAAGCCGGAUAUAAAAUCAAGUGCUUUGACCUCAACUCAAAAUCCUUGCAGUCAGCUCAAAAUCUUGGAAUGCCGCUCGCUUCCAGCGCCUUUGAAGCUGCGCAAAAUUCUGACUUUGUGCUCACAAUGCUUCCUGAAGGACAACAUGUUCGAUCUGUUUAUUUAGAAAAAGACAAGCUCAUCAAACAACUUCCCACAGGCCAUUUCUUGAUUGAUUGUUCAACGAUAAACGUAGAGACGUCCAGAAUGCUUGCAGAACAUGCUCAAAAGGCAGGACACACAAUACUAGAUGCACCCGUUUCUGGAGGUGUAAUCGGAGCAAAAGCAGGCACUUUGACCUUCAUGGUGGGAGGGAAUGAAAAGGCCUUUAAAAAAGCCCUCUCUUUAUUUGAAAUCAUGGUUA